GGUGCUGGUGGACGAGGGCUCAGCCCCUUAGGCCGCCCGUCCCCGCAGCAGCCGGCAGCACCAGCCACCAUGUCGGACGAGGAAGUUGAACACGUUGAGGAGCAGUAUGAAGAGGAAGAAGAGGCCCAGGAGGAAGCUCCCAGCCCUGCAGAAGUCCAUGAGCCAGCCCCCGAAGUUCAUGUACCAGAGGAAGUCCAGGAAGACGCCCUCGAGGACGUGCGGGAGGAGGACGAGGAAGAGGAGAAGCCAAGACCCAAACUCACUGCUCCUAAGAUCCCGGAAGGAGAGAAAGUAGACUUCGAUGACAUCCAGAAGAAGCGGCAGAACAAGGACCUCAUGGAGCUGCAGGCGCUCAUCGACAGCCACUUCGAAGCCCGCAAGAAGGAGGAGGAGGAGCUGGUGGCCCUCAAGGAGAGGAUCGAGAAGCGCCGGGCCGAGAGAGCCGAGCAGCAGAGGAUCCGGGCUGAGAAGGAGCGAGAGCGGCAGAACAGGCUGGCGGAGGAGAAGGCCCGGAGGGAGGAGGAGGAUGCUAAGAGGAGGGCCGAGGAGGACCUGAAGAAGAAGAAGGCGCUGUCCUCCAUGGGCGCCAACUACAGCAGCUACCUGGCCAAGGCCGACCAGAAGAGAGGCAAGAAGCAGACGGCCCGAGAGAUGAAGAAGAAAAUCCUGGCCGAGAGGCGCAAGCCGCUCAAUAUCGACCACCUGAGCGACGAGAAGCUGAGGGACAAGGCCAAGGAGCUCUGGGACACCCUGUACCAGCUGGAGACCGACAAAUUCGAGUUCGGGGAGAAGCUGAAACGCCAGAAAUACGACAUCACCAACCUUAGGAGCCGCAUCGACCAGGCCCAGAAGCACAGCAAGAAGGCUGGCACCACGGCCAAGGGCAAGGUCGGCGGGCGCUGGAAGUGAAGCGGCUGCUGAGACCCCCCCACGGCAGAGACCCUCGCCCCUUCGCACUCCCAGGCCCACGCCCUGGCUCCUGCUGGGGCUCCGUGGUGAUCCUGCGGGUGCAGGGGCCACCUCAGUGCCCCCCCUACGUCUCUGUCCCUGCUGUCCCCACCCCCUGGGAUCCGCAAAUAAAGCUGAGACC